UUUUUUUUAUAGAUUCACGUGUGUUUGUCAACCUGGAUUUGUCGGUCAAUCCUUACACCCGGAGGGAAAAUAAAUAUAAAGGCACACGGUCUGGAGAGGGAGAUCUGUAAUUCUGUGUGUUUGUUUUCAUUUCAGAAACACAAUAAUACAUAGGGUGUUUUUCUCUCUUCAAAAACCGUUGGAAGCUCAUCUUUAGUGUUCCAAAAUAUGGAGCUGGCCUUGAGUCUAGGUGAUACAUCAAAGCCUUUCAAGUUUCUUGACAAAACCCCAAAGUUAUCAAGCAAAGAUCUUGGGUUUUGCAUGGGCUUAGGGAGUGGGUUUCCUGCAACAACAAGAUCACAAGACAAACUAGGUAGCCAUGAAAGUAACUAUCAAGACGAUGAAAGAAGGGUAUCAUCAGAUCCGCCACUUCAACUUGAUCUUUUGCCUUUCUCUCCUGUUCCUCGUGGACAUCAGGCUCCUUCCAGGAUUCACUUUCCAUGGCUGACAGAUAACUUGGUGUCCGAACCUGGUUCAACCGAAGCACCAGGGAGAAGGUUUGAUGUGAACCGGAUCUCCAUGGAUGAUGCUGAUGAAGGAACGGCGAUUUCGUCGCCGAAUAGUGCAGCGUCGUCCUUUCAAGUGGAUUUUGGGAUUAGAAGUGGGAGAGACCGUAAGAGAGAUUUAGAUGCUAUUGAUGCUGAGAGAGCAAGUUCAAGAGCAAGUGAUGAUGACGAGAACGGUUUGACAAGGAAGAAACUAAGGCUCUCUAAAGAACAAUCAGCUUUUCUUGAAGAGAGCUUCAAAGAGCACAAUACCCUCAAUCCUAAGCAAAAGCUAGCUUUAGCAAAGCAAUUGAAUCUUCGUCCUCGCCAAGUGGAAGUGUGGUUUCAGAAUCGAAGGGCAAGGACAAAAUUGAAGCAGACAGAAGUUGAUUGUGAGUAUUUAAAGAGGUGCUGUGAGACAUUGACAGAAGAGAACAGGAGGUUACAAAAGGAACUGCAAGAAUUAAGAGCUUUGAAAACUUCACAACCUUUCUACAUGCAGCUUCCUGCCACCACUCUCACCAUGUGUCCUUCAUGUGAGCGCGUGGCCACCACUACCACUUCCUCUUCUGGCACCACCACCACCACCACCACCAACCCAUCCACCACCACCACGAGCACCACCAACUCUAAACCAUUGUCACUACCUGCUAAGCCUCGGUUAUUUCCUUUGUCACAUGGCCAGGUUCAACCUCACCAUGCUGCUUCAUGACUCACGAUGACUAAUUUUUUGAAAAAAAAGAACACAAAAUGAAAGACUGGAAAAGAGUUUUUCCCCCCUUCCCCGUGUGUAAAUAGCUUGGCUUUGGUGAUUUUCUUUGUUCCUAUCAUAAUUAGUUUCAUUUAGUAAUAUGGGGCAGGGAAAGUUUGAAAGAGUGGCUGAUAUACUUUGACUGAUGAUCUCAUGAGGUUGUAGAAGAGAUUUGGAUAAAAUCUAGGCCUCAAUUUUGUGGGAAGAUAAUUUACCACCUGAUGUAUUUAAUGGAUUUUUGUAUUGAAUACAGUUUGGAGGAUUAUUUAUUA